CGGGAGUCUGACCAUGCCAGCCGUCGCGUCGUCUCCUCAACCAGUGCGUUCGGGAGUCCUUGGAGGGGCAUACCUCUCCUCCCCUACGAGCGCACCGGGCCUUGCAAAGCCGACCCUGGAGUCAUCAACCAGGUACAUGGCGUCUCCGCCCCGCUUCAUGAACCCGGCCCCCAAGCCCGUCACGCCGCCGGUGCUGCCGCCGGUGACGCUGCCGACGCUGCCGGCGCCGGUGCCGGCACCUAUGAAUCCAUUGGUGUCAAUGGCUAGCUUCCACAGCACCACCAGCAGCAGGGCUCCGGGAGGUGUGACCUACACGGGCACCCCGAGCUAUGUGAGCUCGCCGAGCUAUGUGAUGCAGCCCCAAAACGCUCGCGCUCUGUCUCAAACAACGGUGAUGAGCAACAUCUCCGGCACUUUGUCACCCAAGGUGAUGGUCGGGGGGCACCCCCUGAUGAACGGCAGCCGCCAUUGGUUCAUUGAGAUAGUUGAAAAGAUUUGGCCUUCAGCAUCGAGGUACCUUUGCAAGCAAUUGCUCAGCAACUUCGAUGAGGGCGACACAAGCCAAGCUAAGCUGGAGAAGAUGGUCAAGGACAUGUCGCAGAGGCCCCCGCCAUUGCCCAUCAAAGCGGAUUUCAUCAACUUCAUGCUGCAGCAAGUUUGGGAGGUUGUGCAACCGAGCGUGUCGAAAGCUGUCAAGGAGAUGCUGAAGCCCAAGCUGCACUCGGCACUCAGCAUGGUGGCGCCUGUGGACAUCAACCCCUGUCUGUUGGGGGAUACGGCGCCACAGAUGGACGAGAUCGAGUUGCUGGAAGAUCAAGGAUUGGGCAAUUUGAUGGAUCUCAAACUGCAUUUCUUUUGGCACAGCGAACCGGACAUCACCGUGGAAUGCAAAUUGGGAAGUGUGGCUUUACCCAAGUUGAAGUUGGGUUUCACCAUGUAUUUGGGCCUCCAGGGAGAGUCUGAAGAGCCGCCAUUCUUCAAUGCAGCCAUGCUCUACAUGGGCAACGGCUUCAUGCACGCGCGGGAUGUGCUGAACACCAAACAGGAGAAAGAGGAUCCUUACAUCGGUAUGACCUUUGGCGACGCCUGGACAGGCUUUAGCACCAGCUUUGUGGAAGAUGCGGUGGUCGGAGCGCUCAACGGUGUCAUCGUGCCAAAGCUCGUGCUACCUUCCCGCAUGUUGCUUCACGUUGGCCAUGGCAUGGUGGCACACGAUCUGAUGAUGCCAAAGCCUCAUGGAUGUCUGCAGAUCACUGUGAAAGGUGUCAACGGUUUGGUGGGCACCGAAUGGAAGCUGCAGAGUAUUCUGACGGGCGCACGCUCCAACGACCCGUAUGUCACAGUGGACCUGGGUGGAAGUGCCAACAGCCUCAGGACACCCACGUGCUACAACGAGCUGAAUCCCACCUGGGAUGAUGGAAACACCUACUACUUCGCAGGGACACCCAGACGUUUGCAGCACUUCAACCUUCGAGUCUACGACGAUGGUUUGCUGCAGAUGUUCCGUGAACAGCAAAUAGGCAUGGCGAGUCAGGAGGAUUUGAUGGCGCGGAAGUUGGGUCUCAGUGUGAUGGAUCUGUUCGGGAUGUCAUCUCUCGACUUCUACGAUAAGGAACAGGAGAAAAACUUCACCUGUUCUCUGGACACCAUUUGGGAAGGUCGGGAGGACCACGCAGAGUUGCGAAACGCCAAGCCUCCGUCCAUCACGCUGGGUCUGCAUUGGCGUCCCAUUGUCUACGGCCAGCCCUCCAUGCUACCGCAGGCCAUCUUUUUGGACGACGACGAGCCAGAGCCGGUGUGGCCGCACUUCGUGCUGCGCGUGUGCUUCGGGAAGUUGGAGAUGAGACAUUUCACCAUGAAACCCACGGACUUGUUCUCCAUCCACGGAACGGUGAUGCCUGGCUUCGACUCCACGGGGAGUCAUCAUGAAGAUCCCAAGGCCACUACCUCUGAAAACCUCUGA